AUGUCGCUAAAGGAGAAGGAUCUUGAAGCCGAGCGAAAGGAGCAUGUCUCAUUUGACGAGAAGAGCUAUGGCGCUAGACAUGACCGUAUAAACAGCGACGACGCUGUAGAUCCAGCGAAUGACUCCUCGGGACCAGCAUCGUCGCCUGUCGAAAGAGAUGACAAGGAAACACAUCGCAUCAUUCGGAAAAUAGAUCUCAGGCUCUUACCAACACUCGCUGUCAUCUAUGCCUUUGCACUCAUCGACCGCGUCAACCUUCCGAAUGCGCGUAUUGCAGGCAUGGACGAGGACUUGGGCCUCUCCAUCGGCUCACGCUACUCCAUACUCACCAUGAUUUUCUUUAUUCCUUACAUCAUCUUCCAGUUUCCUGCCAACAUAAUCAUUCGAAUACUCGGUCCUGCCGUAUGGCUACCCUCCCUGGUCGUUUGCUGGGGCGCUGUCACGAUCGGCAUGGGCUUUACGAAUGACUGGACGCAAGCACUAGGUUGCCGAAUUAUACUGGGUGUGCUCGAAGCUGGCUACUACCCUGGCUGCGUCUUCUUGUUGAGUUGCUGGUAUGUGAGAUUUGAGGUGCAAAAGAGAUUCAGUGGAUUCUACCUACUAGCGCUCCUUGCAAGUGGUUUCUCAAACAUCUUGGCGUGGGGACUGAGCGAGAUGAGAGGCCUAGGAGGUCUAAACGGAUGGCAAUGGAUCUUCGCAAUUGAGGGUGCCAUCACCAUGUUGCUGGGCUUCCUCGGCUACGUAACCAUUAUCGACUUUCCUGAUAAAGCCAGCCAACCCAGUCCCAUCACAAAACGUCCUUUUCUGACCGAUGCGGAAGCCAACAUAGUUCUAGCCCGCAUCCAACGCGACCGUGGCGAUGCCGUCGCCGACAAACUUACCCGUUCAACCAUCGCUAAACAUCUCCGCGACUGGAAGAUCUGGGAGUUUGCAUGGCUCUACUUUCUCAACAACGUCGUCGCGUACAGUUGGGGAUACUUCCUGCCAAUCAUCCUGCGCAACGACAUGGGUUACUCUGUGGCCAUGAGUCAGAUCCUGUCUUUCCCGCCAUACGUCCUGGCAGCAGCUUGGAUGUUUGGUACGGCAUGGGUCGCCGACAAAUAUAGAAUGCGCGGUGCAAUCAUCGUAUUCAACUGCGCAUGGGCAGUCUUGGGAGUGUGCAUGAUGGCUUUCCUCAGCAACGCUCGCGCACGGUAUGCCGGAGUCUUUCUAGGCGUCAGUGGUGCGAACGCGAAUGUGCCGAGCAUAUUGAGCUAUAUGCACAACAACAUCGUGGGUCAGAUGAAAAGGAGUGUUGCGAGUGCGUUGUUGAUCGGAGGUGGAGCUUGUGGAGGUAUCGCAGCAUCGAAUAUCUUUCGACAACAGGAUGCGCCGAAGUACAUACCCGCCAUGGCUGUCGUCAUCGCGACCCAAGUCCUGAGCAUACUGCACGUACUGAAGAACUUCUGGAUCUACUCACGAGCUAAUCGUCAGGCUGAUCGCGGAGAGAGGAUCCUGGAGGGCCAAGAAGGCUUCCGACAGACGCUGUAG